CUUUCCCUCUCUGAAGCCCUAAUUGGUGAAGAUCACCCCGAGCCCCCAACGCUAUCUCCUCUCGACUCUCUUACUCAGUUUCUAGUCAUUCUCUCCCACGAGCUCAAGCUCUCGUCAGGCUCUCCCUUCCCUGCACUCGCUUAGCCGGCGGCAGAAGCAAACGGAACCGCAUCUGGUCUCUCGGGUGGUGGUGGUGGUCGUCUUCUUGCUUCACACAGUCUCUGUCUCGCACCUGGUCUCGAUCUCUCCCUUCCCUGCGCCCUUCGUCGCCGGUAGCAGAGGCAACAGAUUCCGGUGGGCUGGUCUUCGUUGUCGUCUUCUUGCUUCGAGCCUUGCCGUCAGCUCCUCCUUCGCCAUCAGCUCCUCCUUCUCUUUCAGCUUCCUUCGUGCAACCUGAUUUGUCUCCCCCAUUGUUCUGUCCUGAUCCUUUCUCAACAACUAUGGCAACCGGGCUGCUGAGGAGAUCCCUGUCUAGGGUUCCGUCAUCCCCGGCUUCCAAGCUGGCCCUAAUUCGGGCCCACGCAUCAGAGCCUGAAGCCCAGCAGGUCGAUGCCAAGGCCCGCGGCACCUCCACGGUGAAGACGUUCCAAAUCUACCGCUGGAAUCCGGACAGCCCGUCAAAGCCAGAGCUGAAGAACUACGAAAUCAACCUGAAGGAGUGCGGGCCCAUGGUGCUCGAUGCCCUCAUCAAAAUCAAGAACGAGAUCGACCCAACCCUCACGUUCCGCAGGUCGUGCCGGGAGGGGAUCUGUGGUUCUUGCGCGAUGAACAUCGACGGUUGCAACGGCCUCGCAUGCCUAACGAAGAUCCCUUCGUCCAGCGCGUCGACAAUCACGCCGCUGCCGCAUAUGUUCGUGAUAAAGGAUUUGGUGGUAGAUAUGACUAAUUUCUAUAACCAGUACAAGAGCAUCGAGCCGUGGCUGAAGAGGAAGAACCCACCGACGGUGCCCGGGAAGGAAAUCCUUCAGAGCAAGAAGGACCGCUCCAAGCUUGAUGGGAUGUAUGAGUGUAUACUGUGUGCCUGCUGUAGCACAUCCUGCCCUAGUUACUGGUGGAACCCUGAAUCUUAUUUGGGACCUGCUGCGUUGCUCCACGCUAACAGGUGGAUAAGUGACAGUCGUGACGAGUACACUCAGGAGAGAUUGGAGGCCAUUAAUGAUGAAUUCAAGCUCUAUCGCUGCCACACCAUAUUGAAUUGUGCUCGCGCCUGCCCAAAGGGUUUGAAUCCCGGAAAGCAAAUCCAACAUAUCAAGUCACUUCAGCCCAAAGCUUGAGAUUCUAAUUUUUAGAGGCAUGAUGGCGUUUGCAUUUGAUCAUUGAUGCUGGGGUUUUGUUUUUCCUUCAUAUGCGGGGAUAAAAUAGCUUUUCUCUUAAUAAAAAGCUGAGCCCCCCUUUUGUAAAACUUGUUUUUUGUUUUGGAAUAAAUAUCAAUAGCCAAUUGGACACCAAA